UACAAGAAAUAUGUCUUGGUGAAAUGUGAAAUAUAUAUUUUCAUUAUCUUGGAAAUUUACAGUUUGGUGACUAUUCAUAAUGACCGAUUGUGAGGUAUUUAAUGUGACAGUGAAAUGGAGUGGCAACGAGUAUCUUAUUGAACAUGUUGAGUCGUCCUUUACCCUAUUACAACUAAAACAACGUAUACACGAACAAACUGGUGUAUUACCUCACCGUCAGAAACUGCUUAGUUUGAAGUAUAAAGGUAAAGUACCAGGAGAUGAUGUUAAACUAUCGGUGCUGUCGUUUAAACCAAGCAUGAAGAUUAUGAUGAUGGGAACAAGAGAAGAAAAUUUGAUGAGUGUUCUGCAGUCAUCCAGUGAGAAAGAUGGUGCCGAUGUGGUCAACGAUUUUGAUAUUAAAGAAAACGAAAUUCUUAUUGAAAAUAGAGAUGAAUAUCUUGCCAAAAUAACAAGACGCGUCAAGGAAUAUCAAGUGAAAGUCUUGAAUGAACCACGAGUCGGCAAAAAACUGCUUGUCCUUGAUGUCGAUUAUACUUUAUUUGAUCAUCGAUCAGUUGCAGAAAAAGGAGUGGAACUAAUGCGACCGUAUCUUCACGAGUUCUUGACGGCAUGCUACGAGCAUUACGAUAUCGUCAUUUGGUCUGCAACAAACAUGAAAUGGAUCGAAACAAAAAUGAAGGAACUAGGCGUCUCGAGCAACACGAAUUAUAACAUCGCGUUCAUGUUAGACUCCCUUGCAAUGAUAACAGUUGAUCACCCGACGUAUGGAGUGAUUGAGACAAAGCCACUGGGUGUUAUAUGGGGCAAAUACCCUGAGAAAUACAGCAAAGAAAACAGUAUUAUUAUCGACGAUCUGAGGAGAAAUUUCAUCAUGAAUCCGAGUAAUGGACUUAAGAUCCGACCUUUUCGCGAGGCUCAUUUAAAUCGAGGUACGGACAGAGAACUGCAAAAAUUGACCAAAUAUCUUCAAGAGAUCGCUAUUUUGAACGAUUUUAACGAUCUCGACCACAAUAGAUGGGAGAAGUACAAAGGCAAAAAGAAGAUGACGGAAAGAUAAAUUACAAAAAAAGUAUAUUUACAAAAGGAAUUCACGUAAAAAUAUUGUUCGUAUAACGUCUA